AUGCAGCCUCCAUUCCCCUCACCCACAUCCACCUGGCACAAUGAGUCGUAUGCCGCCAUCGACCCAUCAAAUGCCAAUCUCAGCCAAGCAGGAAAGACAGUAAUCAUCACUGGAGCCGGCAGCGGUAUUGGUCGCGCGACAGCUCUGGCCUUUGCGAAAGCAGGUGCAGCACGACUGAUACUAAUCGGACGUACCGAGUCGACUCUUCGAGAGAGCGAGAAGCUACUCGCAGGCAGCAAAGCAGAAUGUGUGGUUUUUUCCGUUUCAUCGACAGACGAGACCGCGAUGCAUGAUGUAGCUAAACAGGUCGGCGCGUGGGAUGUCCUCGUCCUUGCCGCGGCGCACAUCUCUUCGCCGUCUACGAUAGUCAAGAGUUCGCUGCAGGAUUGGUGGGCGGACUAUGAGACCAAUGUGAAGGCUAUUGUUAUCGCUUCACAGGCUUUCAUUCCGAGUGCAAAGGCUGGUGCUGCGUUGUACACGCUUGCAGCAGGAGCAGCAGCUCUUCCGCCAGCGUAUACACCUGGACUAUCUGGCUACCUCACCUCGAAAGUCGCGCAAACGAAGAUCGUCGAGUUUCUUGCUGCGGAGAACCCAGAUCUUUUCGCGUGUGCUGUGCACCCUGGAAUGGUGGAUACAGGCAUCUUCCGAGGCUCAGGUGCGGAUCCAUCACAUUUGCCAAUGGACUCUGCGGAGCUCAGCGCAAACUUUCUGGUCUGGCUGUCGCAACCAAAGACCAAGUUUCUGAACGGAAAGAUGGUGUGGGCGAACUGGGACGCCGAGGAGUUGGAAGCGCGCGCGGAUGAGAUCAAGGAUAGUUCGAUGAUGACGAUAGGAUGUGGGGGAUGGCCGUAUAGUUCUGCUGUAGCGAAGUAA